CCCGUCCUCUUCUCCGGCGGCCGGGACACCACCGGGUGCCUAUAUAAAGUGUCAGGUGGCAUCUCGAGUCGUCAAACGUGUGAAUCGGGUCCUCGUAUUGUCGCACAGAAGCAGCAAAUCGUCUCCGAAGAUUCGCGUCGCACCAUGAAGCUACCGGUCCUCCUCUUGUUCGCGGGAUUCGCCUCCGGCGUCGUCGGCAUGCCGUCGGGCCUCGUCCUCGGCUACCAGGACACCCUGGGCCAGUACAGCUUCGGUUACAGCGCGCCGAGUCAGGCCCGAUCGGAAGCUCGAUCUCUUGACGGGGUAACCCGAGGAUCCUACAGCUACGUCGACGCCGCAGGCUUGGUCCAGAGCACGGAUUACACGGCCGACGGGGAGCACGGCUUCCGGGUGGCGGCGACGAACCUCCCUCAAGCUCCAGCGCCGGUUCAGGAGACACCGGAAGUCGCCGCUGCCAGAUCUGCGCACCUCAAGGCGCUGGAGCAGGCGGCGCAGGAACUCCCGCAGGUUCAGCAGGACGCCGACAGCGUGGUGAUUUCGGCGAAAAUCGCCACCCCGGAACAGGAAAAUCCCGCGAAAGAUCAGGCCGAACCGGAGAAGUCCGGCGAAGAGAUCAUAGUCGAGGCUGCCGCGCCCGAGGGACAGGCAUCCGAUGAGUCGCAACCAGCCGCAGCUGUUAAUGAGGAGGCUUCGAAGACCGAGGACCAACCCGAGGCACAGGAGAAGCAGAAGGGCCGAACGAUCGAGGAGCCGGUUUUAGCCCCGUGGAUCAGUCCGGUGGCGGGAUCCCUGCCUGUACCUCUGAUCCCGGUGAACUUUGACCUGCCGUCGAUCUCCGCCUACUCCGGGCGGCCUGCGGCCGCCAAGGCCGAGCAAACACUUCCGCAAGCAACGCCCGACCAAGGUCAUUACACAAGACUGAUCACGCCGGCUGGUACAACGCUGAAAACCUUGCCUGCAGGAUCGCAGUUUGUUCCUCAAGCUGAGGUUCCGCAGGGUUCUCGAUCAGGCGAAUCCGCGCCUGUCGUUCCUACGGUCAGCCGGGCAAGCUCCGCCAGGGAAUACGAAAUCUAUGAAAGACCUGCGGUCUACGCGCCCGUGGGUUCGGUUAUCCAACUUCAGGGAUACAACCCGACAAUCCCAUCGUUCCUGAGAUACGCCCCGUUCCCGUACAUCGCCUACAACGUUGUGUAAAUCCGUUUAAAUUGCCGCUCGCCUUCUUUUCGUCGAGAGCUCGAAACCUGAGAAUACUCGGCAAGAGGAGUCGGACAUUUUUUUGCAGACUUCGGACGGCGAGGCAGAUUUUCACAUCCGACGCAAGAUUAAUGGAAUUCUCCAGCGUCCUCGCGAUUUCGGUUCGACGAGCUUCGGGAAGGAAUUGUUUAAUCCAUCGAUAAUAUAUUGCGACUGUCGAUUAGGAUACUCUAUUCUCUUUACCCCUAUAUGCAUAAUUAUAGUUACACAUACUACACUAUGGUUAACGGGGAAUUAAAUGCGUUGUUACUAAAUAAGCAACGAAUUAAAAUAAACGAAUCAAACAUUAGAGUAGCAGGGAAAAAGAUUAAAAAUCGAUACGUACCCGGCCCACUUAAAAGUCAUGUCACUCUGUUUUCAGCGCGUAACACAAAUCAAUCGCAUUGUACGCCUGCAGAUUGAUUUUUUCUUCGACCUGUCCGACUUGCUUUUACGGCUGUAUAACGAUGAAAAAAAUAAAAGGUGCGAUUUGCUAAAA